CUCCUUUGGGGGACCCCCUUCCGUUUUUGCCCUGCCGCGACAGCCCUGCGAGAGCAAUCUGCCACGAUGGGGAAACAUUUUGGAAACUUGAUGAAAACGAGGCAUAUCGUCAGCUACUACCUAUCUCCGUUUGAACAAAAACUCUACCCGAGCUACUCUCGUAAAAUCUUAAACACCUGGAGGCGAUUUACAUCAUCCAUCUUCCGGGUGGCACCUCCGCUUUUAGUGGGAUACCUUGUUUAUUCCUGGGGAAAUGAGUACAACAGAAAAUUGAAAAGGAAGAACCCGGCUGACUAUGAAAAUGAUAAGUAAGCAGAUUUGCGGGAAGAAAACUUCUGCCAGCUUUUAUUCCUUUUGGUUCUGAAGAUAUGAUGCGUAUUUGCAAGAACAGAUGGAUUCAAUAAACGUCUGUAUGUUCCA